AACAACGCAUAUAAUUAGUUCUAUUUUGUUUUAAUUUGAAGGAAUAUAAAUUACAAGCUAUAAAUCACAAUAUAUUGUAUGUCGAAAACCAGUAUUGCUUGAAUGUCGGGUUGAGUCUGACGGUAACUUGUAAAGCAAAGGUGAGUGGGGUACGGUUCGCAGGCCCAAGACGGCCAGGACAAGGCUGAGAGUGAGAAUGCAUCACAGCGGUGACCAUAAAAGAGACUUAGAGAAAGUGCAGGAAGAAGGAGAAAAAGGAGAGGAGGAAAACUCAGAAGAGCCCUUAGAUUUAACAGGAUGGAAAUCUCAAGAAAACAAAGAUGGGUUGCUUGAAGAAGAGAAUACAGGAGAUGGGAAGAAAAUGAGCUGUUGUUAUUUUGGGUUGGAAGAUGAGAAAGAUCCAGAAGAUAUUUCAUUGGCUUGUUUGAGUCCAAUUUCUAAACACUCAAAACAAAACAGAAAGAGAAAGAAGAAAAGGAAAAAUAAGAGCAAAAUUUCAUUUGAAUACAAGAAAAAGAAGAAAAUGAGACCAAAAGCAAAAUCAAAGUCAAAUGAAUGUGAAUUACAUUUCUCUUCUGAAUCUGCAGACUUAAGAAAUGAGCUUGUUCCGGAAGACCUAAGUUUAUACUCUAAGUCCUCUGGUACUCAUUCUUGUAUGUCUGAAGAAUCAGAUUCUCCCUCAGAGCAGGUAACUGGAGCAAUAAGGGAUCUCAGUUUAAAUGAACAUUCAGAAUCUCCUCAAUUCUCAGUUGGGAAUGCUGCAAAAAACAAGUGUCACGAAGAGUCAACUUCAGAUGACACUCGUAGCUCAUUGGUUGAACAAGAAAUCAAAGCACCAGUCAAAGAAACCUUUGAUUUCUUAACAGAGCAAAAGAACUUUAAUCCAAAUGAGCAAAGGUUGGGUCAAAGGAUCGAAGAAGGAGACCAAUCAAUUAUUUCUUCCCUGGGGCAGAAAGUAGAAGCUAAAUAUACAGAAGAUUCAACUUCUUCAUCUCAGCUGGAAAAAACAGAAGAUUCAGAAGAUCAACUAGUUCCUUUUGAGAUCUCUCCAAGAUCAACUUGCAAAAUCUCAAAUAAUUAUUUAGUGAAAUCCAGCACAAUUAGGCAUGGUUCAAAUGAAAGGGAAGAAUGUUUACGACCUAGACCAUCACAGAGUUUGGUAAUGACAAGAAAACGUCGAAUUGCACCAUCACUACUCGAAGGUAUUAUAGGAUACAAGCAGGCAAAACUUAACAUGCAUACCAUCACUGCCAAAACCAGUACUUCUAGAAGAAUGGGGCCUAUAAAUAAGCCAUCUUACAGGAAUCAUUCAUCAAAGAAAUCAUCAACAUGUAGUUCAUCUUCCUCCUCUCAAAUAACAGUAGCACUGGACAUUUUUAAUCCUGAAGACAGAGAACUUAUGUCUGAUAGUAGCAACAAAGAAAUGGAUCAGGACUCAGCACAAAAGCUUUUGGAUGCAAGUGUAGGAGAAAUCAUAUGGGCAAAACUGGGCUCUACCCGCUGGUGGCCAGCUAUAGUCAUUUGGGGGACUGACUGUGGGCAGCCACCUGCUCAUCCUGGCCAAACGUGGGUGUUCUGGUUUGGUGAUCACAAAAUAUCAGAGUUACCAAGGGACAAGCUGGUGGAUUUUGUUGAAGAGUUUAGUAGCAAGUUUAGUGACUUUGCUGGCAAAAUGUUCAAAAGGGGAGUUGUAGAGGCAAUCCGAGAAGUGGCUGUGCAUGCUGAAGUGGAAUUUGUUGAGGGUGACUCUGCAGGAAUGCUUAAUUGGGCCAAAAAUGGAUUUCGGACAGAAUCUUCAAAGCCUAAUCCAUAUGCUCCUGAUAUUGCCACACCAAUUUCUGAGAAUGUUUCAAAACAUUUGAAUCGAAUAAAAACUCAGUAUCUUCAAGCUCUACAAUCUUUUGGUUCCCAGAAUUCUUUGCAACCUCGUUUUUCACGUCUGGAGCAAUUGGAGAAUAAAGACAGUGCAUUAAAGAAAGUUCGAGAAGGAAAAUUUAGAAUUCAAGAUGUAUGUAUAGCUUGUGAUUCAACAUUAGUAGAAAUAUCUACCCAGCACCCACUUAUAGAAGGAGGCUUGUGUAAGCAAUGCAAAAAUGAAACUGUAGAAACAAUGUUUGCUUAUGGAGAAGAUGGAACUAAUGCUUAUUGUGUGAUUUGUGGCCAAGCUGGAGAACUUUUGAUCUGUGAUAAUAAUGACUGUAACAGGUGUUACUGUACUGGCUGUAUUGAUGUUCUUGUGUCUCCUGGAGCCCAUAAAAAGGUGCUAAGUACUAGUCCUUGGUUGUGUUAUAUGUGUCAUGAUUACGAUCCUGAGAUCAAUGGUCUCAUCAGAUGUAAGGAGGAGUGGCAGCAGAAUGUAAUGCAGCUAUUUCAACCUGAGAAACAUGUUCAUCUUCCUCCCUCUCCAGAAGAUUAUAAAGAAAAACGACCAAUUAGAGUCCUCUCUUUGUUUGAUGGUAUUGGAACAGGCAAGUUUGUGUUAGAUCAGUUGGGGAUAAAUGUGGAUGCCUACUAUGCUAGUGAGAUUGACCAGGAUGCCAUUAAUGUCUCCAUAGUUCAACAUAAACUCAGUAUUAACCAGCUUGGUCGGAUUGAAGAUGUCACUGAUGCUGAGGUAGCUAAGCUGUGCCCCAUAGACUUGGUAAUUGGAGGGUCUCCUUGUAAUGAUCUCUCUCUGGUUAAUCCUGCUAGAAAAGGCCUGUAUGACCCACAAGGAACAGGAAAAUUGUUUUUUGAUUUUUUUCGGGUUUUAAAGGCUGUGCAACUAGCCAAUAAGGGACGCCAUGUUUUCUGGUUGUACGAAAAUGUUGCAUCUAUGCCCCAGGAAUACAAGUCAACUAUUACUCGUUUCUUACAGUGUGAUCCUGCCAUGAUUGACUCAAAAUACUUUUCACCUCAAAACCGGGCACGUUAUUUCUGGGGUAAUAUUCCAGGAAUGUAUGCUCCUUUACAGCAUCAUCUCUUGCAUCAGACAAUCAGCUUAGACAGUGUCAUUACACCCCAACUUAACAGGAAGGCUAUUGUAGAAAAAAUUAGAACAGUAACCACACGUAGUAACUCUCUCCGUCAAGGGAAGAAAUGUCUCUUGCCAGUUAGUAUGAAUGGGGGAAGUGAUGUUCUGUGGGUUACAGAACUGGAGCAGGUCUUUGGCUUUCCAAGACACUAUACUGAUGCAGGAAAUAUCCCACUUGGUCGACGUCAGCAGUUGCUUGGGAAAGCAUGGAGUGUACCUGUGAUCAAACACCUUUUCACACCAUUGAAGAACUUUUUCAAACUUGUGCCAUCAUCAUUAUCAUCACCAACCACCAUAUCUACAAUAGUUACCCCCAUUGCUACAACAGGUAACACUGUUGUCAUGCCAGCAUCUUCCUGAGUAAAAUGGGGUUCAGUAGUUAUCUAAUUAAAAUAACACUUUUUCUUUUUUUUGAAUUCUGAAUUAAAGUAUGUGUCAGUCUCUGUUCAUAUACACAUUAUGUAUAUAGUUUUAGAACUGAAUUGUUAUGUUACAUCAGUGUUUUUAUUCUGUCUCUAAUAAGAAUUAUGCCUAAUCACAGCAGUACUGGGGAAUAUCCCUGUUUUUACACUGCCAUUUUAAUCAUUAGCCUUUUCUGAUUUUUGUAAGCUAUUUUUAUCUUUUAAAGGUUUCACUUGCAUUUUUUUUUACAUUCAGACUGUUUCUUGUGAAAAUAUGAUAGCAGUCUGGUACAUCGAAUUCAAAUCCAUAUCUGAUAAAAAAAUCUACAUUACUCUGACCACAAGCAUAAAAUCUCAUGUUAACAAAGGAAGUAAGUAAUGGCCUUUGUUAUUACUUCUGGAACCAAUUAUUCGGGAUUGCAUUGUAGACACUUAUAUAUUAGAUGAACAACUAUCUUCUUUCCUGUACAAAUAUGGCAUUUUCUUUGCUUUUAUUUGGGUAUGAAUAUUCCAUUAUCUUCAGUAAACUUUAAUAAUAAUUUUUCUUUUACUUUAAUUUUUAUGGAAAAUAAACAAACAGUUAUCUCUUACAAUUAUUAGACUUCUUAAUUAAAUAUGAUUUUAUGGAAAUAUCAUUGUAUUAAGUGAACAAAAAAUAUUUUCAUCAUUCCUGUUGUAAGAGAUACUUAGACUUAUAAGAUUUCUACAUCUAAUAACUGCUUAUCUUUCUCAUUGAAAGCAAGUACUAACUCUACUAGUUCCCAUCAUUAUCGUCAGAAUAAAACAAACUUUUCAACAAACUAAUUAAUUUAAAGAUUUAUGUGUUAUUUUUUCUUGUUUUAAUUGAAAAUAUUAAUCUGUAAAAUCGAAAGGAUUAGCUGAAUUAUUACAAACAGAAAAUUUAUUUAUAAUUCUGGUUUUACUUCCCUCAGUUGUCUCAAUUACAUUUUGGGCAAUUGGUAAAGAAAUUAAUAUAAACUGUAAUUAUGUUUUCUUUCUAUAUUUUCAAUUAUCUUUUGUUAGAUACCUAUUUCUAAAAAAAUUAAAAGGGUACGAAAAAAAUUUGGUGUUAUGUUACAAAAAUUAGAAGACCAAAUUUGUAUCAUCUCAAAAUUAUUCGAUACCCACAAAAACCUACAAAAUGGCUUUGUAAUCUACAGUCACGGCACUUUGAAAUGAGAGAAACAAAAUCUUUUGCAAUAGCCUUUAUUCAGGUUCCUAACCAAAGAAGGUUUUAUGCAUUCAUAUUUAUUGCUUUUUCAAAUUAUUUUUUGGGCAAAACAGUUCAGUGCAAUGUGAGAUUGUUACUCUGUCUCAGUAAUAGUAUUCGUCUGUGCAACAAAACUCACAUGGAGACAUAGUAGGGGUACGCACUUAGAAACAAAGUGUAACAGGUAUAGGGCCCCCGUAUCAUUAUUUUAACCCUAGUUUUUUAGUCAUCUCAGUAGUUUUAUAGUUUACAAGAAAGUUUAUAUUUUAGCUCUUUUAUCGAAUUUUU